AUGAACCCCGACGCUUCCGGCCUCGACCCGCCAGAGGGCAGCGCAGCGGUGGCCGAAGCUGUCGGCCCAGCCCGACCGCAGCUCUCAAAGCGCGGAGUGGCCGAUACCGGUGUCUCCAUCGUAUACGAGCCGAACUCUGAGCCUGUCAUUGACAUUGUCUUUAUCCAUGGCCUUCAGGGCCAUCCCUUCAAGACGUGGGCCUUUGAGACCAAUAAUGGUCGCAAAGACUCGCACGAUUCCUCCCGCCAGGGGGGAACAUCCCCCAGUACCGGCCGCAAGAUAUCAGCCAAGCUGAAGAACUACAUCUCCCGACUCAGCUCGGCCAAGAGCGUUCCCCAGGAGUUGGUCGACCAAGGAAGCUCCCAUGUCUUCUGGCCUCGGGAUCUGCUUCCAAUGCAGUGCCCCCAGGCCCGAAUACUGGUCGUUGGCUACGACACGGUCAUUGCAAAGCACCAGUUUGCCAGGGCCGCCAACAAGAACAGCAUAUUCACCCACAGUAAGGACAUUGUUAAUGACCUGUCUCGCUCGCGACCCAAGGGAAGACCAAUCAUUUUUGUUGCUCACUCGCUUGGGGGAAUCAUUGUCAAAGAGGUGCUGGCCAUGUGCUCGACCUCUAGCAACGAGGAAUUCGAAGACAUUCUCAUGAGCACCACCCGGGUCGUCUUCCUCGGCACGCCUCACAGGGGCAGCUCAGCAGCAAGGAUAGGCGAGAUUGCACGCAAGGCCGCCAGCAUGCUGUUGAUGGACACGAAUGCGCGCAUUCUCGACAGCUUGGCCUUGAGGAACUCUGACCUUGAAAGGUGCCAGGACAUCUUCUCUUCGCUGUGGUAUAAACACAACUUCAGCGUCAAGACAUUCCAGGAGGGGUUGCCGCUGAAAACACCCAUACUUUUUGGACAGUCGAAGAUGGCCAAGGUUGUGCCCGACGUAUCAUCGUGUCUCGGUUAUUCGCGCGAACGGGCUGAGACGCUUGAUGCCGAUCACAGGUCAAUGUGUCGGUAUGAAAGUGCUCUGGAUCCAAACUAUCGGAAGGUGUCAGAGGAGCUGCGAGCUGUCUACUCCGGUUUUCUCCACAAAGUCGACCUCGAUGAAGUUGUGAUGAAGGCCAGCCUACCGCCUGCCAAACCCACGCUGACUUGCAGUGACCAAGAGCAGCUGGAGUACUUCAGAUUCCCGCAAAUGCUCCUUCGGCAGCACACCAUAAACUCGCCUGCCGAGAACACCUGCCAAUGGCUAUCCGAGACAACCGCCUUUAGAGAUUGGAUCGAGCGCAGAAAUGUCCAUGUACAUUUCGGCCUCCUGCAAAUCACGGGCAAGCCAGGUUCCGGGAAGUCAACUCUGGUAAAGAGAAUCUACCAGGUAACCCGCUCCUCGCUACGUGCAGCAGACGGAAAUUUCGUCGCGGGCUUCUUCUUCAAUGCCAGAGGCGACACUCUGGAACGCUGUGCCGCCGGACUCUUCCGCUCCUUGCUGUACCAGAUUGGAAACCUGCAUCCUUCGUGUCUUGGAUCGAUCAAGGAAUAUACAGUAACCGAGCUAGCGGGGUUGGAGGACGACCCUGCCAAAUACCUGAACGUACUCAUGUCUAUCGUUGAAGAAAUAUUCUCAACUAAGGCUAUUGCUCCGCGAAGAAGCAUCAUCUUCAUUGACGCCCUGGACGAGUGCGACCCUGACGAGGCCUCAGAGACGGGAUACUUUUUUGCGAGGCUUGUCAAAUCAGCCUACAAGGCUGGCAUCAAGCUGGACGUCUGCAUCUCCAGACGAGAGUACCCGUCUCUCACUAUUCGGGAUUGUCAGGAGCUCUGCAUGGAGACGUACAACGCUCAAGAUAUUCGACAGUACAUCUCCCAGAGGCUUGAGACGGUGGGGAUCGCACCCGGAGACGCAAAACUCUUGCAGGACCAGAUUUCCCAGCGGUCCAAUGGCAUAUUUCUCUGGGUCGUUCUGGCCGUCGAAGGGGUCCUCAAUGACGUCGAGAACGGGAAAAACGCAAAGUACAUCCUCAAGCGAACCAAGGCACUCCCCAAAGCACUCAAAGAUCUCUUUGGCACAUUGCUGAAGGAGAUGGAUCCCGAGGACCGAGAGAUUUCACUGCGGCUCUUCCAAUGGGCAGUACUAGCGACCAACCGCCUCCGUCUCCGCGAGUGGCACCACAUCCUCGCCUUCGUACGAGAGCCCCCUCCUGUCUCGUUGAAGGAAUGGAGGGAAUCCGAACACCAUACCGAGACAGACGGCCAACUAGAACGCCAGAUCCGAAGACUGUCACAGGGCCUACUCGAAGUCAAGGGCGUGGUCGAUAGCAUCAUCCCCGAGGAGAAUGGCGAUGUCGGGUCCAUCCUCGCCGGCGCCGGCUCCCUCGACAGCACCACGGGCGACACCCGAUUCCUGCAGCCCAUACACGAGAGCGUGGCCGAGUUCCUCGUCGAGGGCCACUCCAACAAGUUCUUCCUGAAAGCCCCCGACUACGACUUCACCGGCGAGGGCCACCUCUCCAUCGUGGCCACCUGCCUGGACUACAUCGGCAUCAGCGAGCUCGACGGCUACAUUGCCGCGAGGGGGGCCGGCUCGCCAAGACGCUUGCGGCGCCGCCGCAGCGCCACGAGCUUCAUGUCGUCGGCCUCGGCGUAUUCGUCGCGAUACGGCAGCCGCCGCAACAGCCAGCCGGCGGCAGCCGCCGAAAGGGCCAGGGUCAUACUGACCGCAGCCGAGGUCGUAGCGGGUUGGUCUCCCGUCCGGGAGAGUGAGCCAGAGCAGUUUGAACAAACGGCCCCGAGUCCGGCACUUACUUGGCCUAGAGAGCUUGACAUUGGUGAGAGUGCAGGCGGUGACACGUCAGAAGACUCGGUGCGGGCCCUUGCAGACCACCCCGACUUGGAAUUGGAGUCUGAUAGAGACGCUUCCUCAUGGUACGACGGCGACAGGAACAGCAACAGAAGUAUUAACCUCUCCAUUGCGGGCUCGAAGACGUCUCAAACUCUCGAGGAAUACCCCGCUCUGGCUUCGUAUGCCAUCAACAGAUUGUUUGUACACGCCAAAGAUGGCUUCAAACAUGGCGCGGACCCGAAAGAAGUCCUCCGAAGGCUGAUCGUGCAGGACCGCUGGUCCCGCUGGUUUGCUUUACAGGAGUCCACUACGAGAAUUCCUACCUGCAUGUCUUUUCUCAUCAGCAGGGAAUUGAACACCUGGGCCUCCCUUGCAGAUCAGCCUGGGUACUUCACCUGA